AUGGAUGGGAGUAGCACAGUCUCCAACUCGUCCGUGACUGGGGGCCCCAGCUGUAACUCCUCUGAAGAGUACAAGUUCACAGUCUAUGCAGUGGUCUACAGUCUAGUCUUCAUCUUUGGGCUGCUGAGCAACAUGGCUGCUCUCUACGUCUUUGUCUGCCUUUCUAAAAAGAACAGAGUUUCUACUAUCUUUCUUAUCAACCUGGCAAUCUCCGACCUCAUCUUCAUCCUCAGCCUGCCUCUCCGGAUUGCCUACAAUGUGUCCCAGGCCGUGUCCGCUUCAGAGCCUGGGCCACUGCUGGGGCUUGCCUGUCGGGUCUCCACCUACCUGUUCUACAUCAGCAUGUACUGCAGCAUCCUCUUCCUCACCGGCCUUAGUGUGUGCCGCUACCUGGUCCUGGCGGGCCACAUCCACCUCCAGAACCGACGCGUCUGCUGGUGGGUGCGGCUGGUGUGUCUGGCCGUGUGGGUGUUGGUGGUUGGUGGAAACAUCACCCAGAUAGCGGUCAUCUCAGGGUUCAAGAUCAAAGUGCAGGGGUGCUUUGAACCCCGGGCAUCAGACUCCUGGGGUGUGCUGUACCAGAUCAACAUUUACACCCUGGUCCUGGCCUUCGUGGUUCCACUGCUCACCGUUCUGACCUGCUACGCCCUCAUGAUCCGCCACAUCCUGGGGAUGCAAAGGGGCCACCGCAGGCGUGACGCGGCGCUGAUCUGCCUGGUCCUGACCGUGUUCUGCGUGUGCUUCCUGCCCUAUCAUGUACAGCGCACGCUGCACCUGUAUUAUGUGAUCCGCCCUGGGGCGACCUGCCAGUUCCUUUCCACCCUGCAAAAGUCUGUAGUGGUGACCCUCUGCUUCGCUGCGGCCAACAGCUGUCUGGACCCUCUCAUCUUUGUGUUUGUGGGCCAUGGUUUCAUCCCAGCACUGAGGACUAUGGUCAGAAGCUGCAAAUCAGGCCCUUCCUGCUCCAACCCUCCAAGGCCAUCCACGCCACUGGUUACUAACCACCUCCUGGUGAACACGACAGAAGUGUAG